AUGCAUCAAAAUAGCAGCGUAACUGAGUUUGUAUUACUUGGUUUGACACAGGAUCCCAUAAAACAAAAAAUGGUCUUUUCAAUCUUCUUAAUUUUCUAUGUAGGAACCGUGGUGGGGAAUGUGAUCAUUAUGGUGACUAUCAAGUUCAGCCAGACACUUGGCACCCCCAUGUAUUUCUUCUUAUUUUAUUUGUCCUUUGUUGAUUCCUGUUUUUCAACUUCAACAGCACCUAGAUUGAUAGCAGAUGUUCUCUCUAAAAAGAAAAUAAUAUCCUACAAUGAAUGUAUGACACAAGUCUUCGCACUGCAUUUAUUUGGCUGCAUGGAGAUCUUUGUCCUCAUUUUCAUGGCCGUUGAUCGCUAUGUGGCCAUCUGCAAGCCUUUGCAUUAUGCAACCAUCAUGAGCAAGCAAGUCUGCAUCAUCUUAAUUGUUCUUGCUUGGAUAGGGUCUUUCAUACACAGUAUAGCUCAGAUUAUUCUGGCCUUAAGGUUACCCUUCUGUGGACCCAAUUUGAUUGAUCAUUAUUGCUGUGAUUUGCAGCCAUUGUUGAAACUUGCCUGCAUGGACACAUACGUGAUCAACCUGCAGCUGGUGUCUAACAGUGGGGCACUUUGUUUAAGCAGUUUUCUAUUUUUGUUGAUUUCAUACUUUGUCAUCUUGUACUCAUUGAGAAACCACAGUGCAGAAGGGAGGAAAAAAGCUCUCUCCACUUGUACUUCUCACAUCAUAGUAGUCAUCUUAUCCUUUGGGCCAUGUGUAUUCAUAUAUACACGUCCCCCAACCACGUUCCCCAUGGACAAGAUGGUGGCAGUGUUUUAUACCAUUGGAACCCCCUUUUUAAAUCCACUCAUUUAUACACUGAGAAAUGCCGAAGUAAAAAAUGCCAUGAAAAAGUUGUGGCAUAUUCAGAUUACUUAG